AUGUCUAAAUCAUCAAUGCUCAAGUAUAAGACCAAUACAUUUUUGACAGACGAUUACGAACUGCCUUCUCGGCCAAGGACCGUCGCCGAUGAAGAGGACAUCGAUCCGCGCAGCACGACGCAGUAUUUAGGGAUCAGUCAGCUUGGGGAGUCCUCCUCCAUCCUCAGUCUGCCUCAGCCAAGUCCCUGUGGAUCGACACACCAGUUGAUUCAUCACCUGCACGGGGAUGUUCUCGCUCGGGCAAGAUACAUCGAUUAUGUUCGAGCUUGGUGUCGAAUCCGAGGGCCGGAACUCUUGUUCCUGGCUAUGGUCGUAAGCCUUCAGAUUGCCCUGGGAGUGUGGCAAUGCUACGAGUAUAGCACACACGCUGAAUAUCAAUCGGCUUUCGGAUGGGGAGUUGCGAUGGCGAAAGGUUGUGCUGGCGCCCUGUAUCCCACGCUGUUCUUUAUGCUGAUGAGCAUGUCCCGCUGGGUCCAAAGCGCCAUGACCCGGUUCAACAUUGGCACGAGGUUUAUCAACUGGGACAAGAAAAGAUCAUUUCAUAUCAGACUGGCUCUUUGCGUCAUGGUGUUGUCUUUCGCACACUCUAUUGGACACCUAACGGGGUCGUUCGUCCACGCCAGCCAGGAGCAAAACCAUGCGGCGGAUCGUCAGGUGCUCGGCAAUAAGAUCAAUGGGUUGAGUUACGGGGCGUUUGUGACAUCUCGACCUGGAUGGACAGGGAUAGCGGCACUGAUAAUCUUCGUCACCAUCAGCUUCUGCAGCAUCAAUUUCGUGCGAACUCGAUGGUUCGAGGUCUUCCAGUGCUGUCACUUGAUGUUCUUCCCCAUGGCGGCCUUGUUGAUGGCUCAUGGGAGCUCAGCAUUGCUUCAAUAUCCGGCUCUCGCUUUUGUGAUCAUGGUACCUACGACUUUGAUACUGUUGGAGAAACUGUCUCGAGCUUUCCGACUGACCCGAGACUACCGGGGAAUUAUUGAGAAGUUGAAUGAGGAAAUGAUCAGAGUCACCAUUGAUCUGGGUCGGAGACCGCGCACUUGGUGGUCUUUCGUGCCCGGUCAGUUUGUUUUUCUGCAGAUACCCAGAAUCUCUAAGUUCGAGUGGCAUCCAUUCACGGUCGCGCGCAUCAGCAACCACGACCUCUGCUUAUAUGUUAAAACAAGUGGGAAAUGGACCAGAAGAUUGGGUGAAAUGCAUGGCUUUGGGAGGGUAUGUUUAGAUGGCCCAUUUAGCGCACCCACACAGCGCUUUUUCCAGUACGAUCACAACAUCAUGAUCGGCCUGGGGGCAGGCAUAACCCCUUCCCUUGGUAUUCUCGACGCGUUGCUCAAUUCUCCCGGGCACCGAUGGACAAGACCUCAAAGCUCGGGUGUUGAGACAGGCCGCAGCGGAAUGAAGUCCGCAAGUGAGAAAAAUUACACUGUUGAUUUUCACUGGGCGCUGAAAACAAGCUCGGGAAUGCUGCCCAUCUUCCAGCUCUUAUAUGAUGUUCAGAAUUGCUCUCACAACUCUCUUGUCGACACGAACGCAAUCAUUCACCUUACGAGUUCCAAAAAGCUUCAACAGGCAGCUCUCGAGAAUAUGGAUACCGCUCGUUUAGCAGGUGCGGUGAACGAAAUAUCUCCGUCAUCGUCUUUCUCCGGUAAUAUUGAGCGAGGCAGGCCAGAUUUUGGCAAGAUUUUGGUGCAGCACUACGAAAAAUUGAGCGCCCUUCAACAAGACCACGCCCUCAUGAACGGUUACAUGAGAUCCAAACCGAUGAAGAUCGGUGUGUUCUAUUGUGGCGCUGCAAACGUCAAACCAUUUUUGCGGCGGUUAUGCCUUGAGAAUACCCUACGAGGAAUCUUGGACCACUUUGAUAUAGAGUAUCAUUUCCACCCGGAAGUAUUUUGACCAGAAAAUGUAAUAGAGAUGAGAACCAAUAACAUAGAAACUACUGCAGAG